AUGAAUUUAAAACCUAGAAUAUAGAUUGAAGGAAGCCAAUUUCAUUUGAUAUACGAACAAACAAAUGAUGAUUUGUUGGAUUUGAUGGAGAGGGGAAUACCUGAGAAUAGACUUGCAUUUCGGAAGAACAGCUAUUGUGUUACAGACAAAAAAACUAAAAUGAAAUACAUAGUGAAUUACUCAAGGAAACACUUAAAGUUAAGUUUCCAAAAGUCAGACUUGUAAGAAUAGGAUCUGGAAGUUUUGAUUGACAGCUUGACCUUGAAGAUUCUUCAAUAGUAGAGCUUAAUGAAGAUAAUGUUUUCUAAAUUAGUCUAAUUCAAUGAAAGUUGUAUUCGUGAAAUAGAAUAUGCUCCAACUGACAUUGUAAUUGAAAUAGUUUUUGGGAGGAUGAUGAUAGCAAAGUUUUACAUAUCCUACAUAAUCGGAAACUCAUUGAUGUCUGUGGAAGAGCGUUAUGCUAGGUUUAUGCUUAUAAAUUUGGAACUUCUAGAAGGCAAUCAAAUGAGUUUGGAAAUCUUUAAGCAACCUCCAAUAAAUUUGCAUUUUCUCACUUAAUUUGUAGCUAUAGAUAAAUUCACUGAUUUGGUCUAAAGAACUUUUAUUCCGAUUUAGCUUUUGAACUACAAAAUAUUUGAUAGCAACGUGUUGUAUCAGCUCUACCAAUUUUAUUUUAUGAUCUAUCCGAAUCAGCAAUUCGCUACUUUUGUUUUCGGAAUAAGGAGUGAUAAGUUUUUAAGUACUCUGGGUAUCAUACCUUUAUUGAUCUAAAUGAAAACCUACUUUUUAAAUGAUAAACUUGUAAUUGAAAUAGAAUAAGCUGAUGCUUUUGCCAUAUUGAAUGGGUAUCAUUAAUUGGCUGAUUUUGCAGUUUUCAAACGAGAAAUUCAUGAUGUCAUUUAAAAAUGGUCAUUUUCAACCUGCUAAGAAAUCGAUGAAUUCUUUUUUAAAUUUCUAAUCAUAGGCAUUAGUUAUAUUUUAUUGUAUCCCAAAAAGGAUAUACUAUUCUAAUUGAUGAAAAAAACAAAUUGGGAUUACUUUCAGAAACACAUCCUUACUUCACUAAUAAAUAAAAUUGCUUACAUACAUUAUCAUUUAAGCUAAAAACAAAGAGGGGAUUCCUCAAACUUUGAUUAUAGGAAAUUUUUGAAUUUACACAUAGAUAGGUAUUUUCACCUUUAUGAGUAUAAUUGGAUUAAAGAACCCAGGGAUGAAAGAGAAAAUCCUAUCAAAUAUAUUCUCAAAUUCUAUUUGGACAGAAUCGAUAAGAACUUUUAGAACAUUGUUAAAAAUAAUUUCAAAGAGAAUGAGGUCAAUUCUCAUCUCUAGAAACUCAGUAUGGUGGUAUUUCAAGUGGAGAAAAUAUCAUUCAUCUUUCAAAUCGUCGAAUAUACUUCUUAAAAUGGACAAAUCGUAAAAAUUGAACAAGGACAUGAGACAAAUAGAUGGAGAUUAAGUGACUUUCCUAAAUAUGAAUUAGAGUUUAUUAUAAGUUAAUUUUGA